UCACUUCUGGUUUUGUAAUUGUUUGUAACCUUGCAGAUUCAGCCUCCCUUGCCUCUGAGGAGGCUGCAAGGACAGAUCCUCUCUUGGAACACUAAGGAGAACUUUUUUUUUCCCCUGAACGUUUCUAUCUGGAGGUAAACCUCAAAAAUGACUUCCAAGGAAGAAGCCAAAUCAUCUUCUGUAGAAGAAAGAAGACAGAGAAAUGCUCUGGAUCAUUUGCCACCUCCUGCUAAUUCCAACAAACCCUUGACUCCUUUCAGUAUUGAGGAUAUUCUAAGUAAGCCCUCUGUUAGGAGAAGUUACACUAUUUGUGGGACAGCUCAUCUUCUUACCACGGCUGAGAAACCACCUCCUGCCGGGUUACCACUGUCCGGCAGGGCACUUCUCUCCCAGACAUCACCUCUCUGUGCCCUGGAGGAACUGGCCAGCAAAACCUUCAAAGGGCUGGAGGUCAGUGUCCUACAAGCAGCAGAAGGAAGAGAUGGGAUGACCAUUUUUGGCCAGAGACAGACUCCCAAAAAAAGGAGAAAAUCCAGAACAGCUUUUACAAAUCACCAAAUUUAUGAAUUGGAAAAACGUUUUUUGUAUCAGAAAUAUUUAUCUCCAGCAGAUAGAGACCAAAUCGCCCAGCAGUUGGGACUGACCAAUGCUCAGGUCAUCACCUGGUUUCAGAAUCGCAGAGCCAAGCUCAAGAGAGACCUGGAGGAGAUGAAAGCAGAUGUGGAGUCAGCCAAAAAACUCAGUCCAUCCACAGUGGAAGCAGUGCUCACAAUUUCAGAGUUGGAAGAUUCAGCAUCUGUUCACAGCAGCAGAAAAAGCAGGUCUAGGUCCCCUCAACAUUCACUUCACAGCCACCUCCAAAUGUCUCCUUCAUCCCCUCUCACAGACCAGCACACAAGCAAAGAAUGCUCAGAAGAUGAAGAAGACGUGGAGAUAGAUGUUGAUGAUUAAAGAUUUUUUAAAUAUAGAUAAAUAAAAUAUAUAUAUAUAUAAGACUCUAAAAGACUAAAUCGAAAACAAGUAUGGACAUUAUUUGAAUGCUGCACUUGUUUCAUAAAACAGAACUAAAAAAAUAUUUAACAUCUAAAACAGUUUUUUUUUUUUUCACUUAAAAGCAAUAAACAAUAUACGAAAAAGACUAAAUUUACCACGGCUGCCCAAUCAGGUAGUUUUUUUUUAUUUUUUAUUUUGAUUACUGUUAUUAUUAUUAUUAUUAAGAUUCUUUUUGGAAUGGUGCAAUUGUAUGUAUGGCUUCUGUAAAAAUAUUUAAGGACAUUUUUUUAAAGCUUUGGGUUUUUUGUUAAUCUAUAAAUAAUUUUCACGCGCAAGCUUUGGCUAAACGUGUUAAGCUUUAGGCAACAGUAAUUUAAAUAUUUUUUAAUGAAUCCUCUACUUGUUGCCAUAAUUUUCUUGCAUGUAAAGAUUAUGCACGAUUUUGUUUUGCAUUUUUCGUUAAUUUUUAUACAUAUUUGCUUUGCAAAUUUUUUUUUUUUUUUACAAAUUUAUAUAUUUGUGCAAGUACAUAAACGUUUCUAUAUUGCGAUCAUGCAUAUCAUUUUUUUUCAUUUUUUAUUUUUUCAUAAUUAAUGAUAAUAUUUUCCCCUCUUCAUUUCCUGCAACUGUAUAAUUUUGUUAAAGCAAACAAACGCUAUUAAUUUUACUCUUUCUAGACUUUUGCAUGAUUCAAGGGAAUAAAAUAACAAAAAAUCAGCAGAUAAGAUAUCUACAUAUUAAGUGUACAGACAUAAGGUUUGCUACAAUUGUAAAAAAAAACAAAAAGCAAAAAACAAAAAUGACAACAUUAGAGGCCUGCUAUUUACGAUUAAACGCCUGAAAUAAUGCUGGUUUUGUUUAUUUUGACAUUGUACAGAGAAGUCAUUUUUAUCAAUUACAAUAAAAUGACACUUUAAUACAUUUUCAACUGUA